CCUGCCCCGUACAAGCCGGCCCCGGCCUACAAGCCGGCCCCUUACCACCCGGAGCCCCAGUACAAGGAGGAGCCCAAGCCGUACGCCUUCGACUAUGCCGUGAAGGACGGCUACUCGGGCGCUGACUUCGCCGCCAACGAGAACAGUGACGGCAAGCAGACCACCGGCUACUACAAGGUGGCUCUGCCCGACGGCCGCAUCCAGACCGUCAAGUAUGUCGCCGACCACUACAACGGAUUCAACGCCGAGGUCACCUACGAGGGCGAGGCCCAGUACCCCGAGUACCACCCGGCCCCGGCCUACAAGCCCGCUCCCUACAAGCCGGCCCCUGCCCCCUACAAGCCCGCUCCGGUCUACAAGCCCGCCCCCAAGUAUAACUAGGGUGCUAAG